UGUCAAGCUGCGGUCAAAAUAUUGCAACAUGCUUGAGGAAUUUUCCAAAUAAAAUCCGAAAACAUGUCGAAACUACGUCAAAUAUUGAAUUUAUCAUACUGCCGGUACUACAGCGUGCAGCAAGCAAAGAAGAAACUCCCAAUAAUAUCGUGUAAGCGACCAGAGUUUAACCAUUACGAGGGCCAAAGCUACAGUAAGUUUGAGGGCAUAAAACUCGCUUCAAAAGGCUGGUUGCACGCUAAGUCCAAGAACGAUUACUUCAUAAUUUAUGGAAAUGCCAAUAAAAAGGCAGAUAAGGAAGUUUACAAGAAAAGUUUUGAAGAAAUUGGUGUUUGUAAUGAGUUGAUAGAGGUUAUGUCUCAUCAGGGGUACACUAUGCCUACUGAGAUUCAAACGAAGGCAAUACCUUCAAUUUUGAAAGGGAAUAACACUGUGGUGACCGCUGAGACUGGUUGUGGGAAGACUUUGGCAUAUUUACUGCCGAUUUUUCAGCAUAUUUUGGAAUGGAAACCAAGUCUUGAGGAGGAAUUCAACAGUCCUUUAGCUGUUGUUAUUACGCCUAGCAGAGAAUUAGCUGAACAAAUAAGUGAUGUAGCAGAAAAUAUAGCUCAGUAUCUAAACUUAAAUGUAACUACCCUGGUUGGUGGUCGAACGAAACGAAAAAUGUUGAACCCUCCAAUAGAAUAUUGCGACAUGCUAGUAACAACACUCGGAGCUUACAGUAAACUGGUUACAACUGGUAUAUAUAAGAUUAACAAUGUACAUCAUGUGGUACUGGACGAAGCAGACACAUUGCUUGAUGACAGUUUUAUUGAUAAGCUGUCUUUUUUGCUGAGGAAAUUUGGAAUCCAAAUUAAGGUUGAAAUGCAGGUGCCACCGAAAGGCUGUCAGUUAACAUUAGUUAGUGCCACAAUGCCACACGAGUUGCCGGAGUCUGUUAGUUCGUUCGUAGCUCCCGAUUCACUGAAGACUGUCACCACGAGUAACCUUCACAAGGUCAUGCCCCAUGUGCCUCAAAAAUUCAUCCGACUCGGCAAAGCCCAGAAACCUUUAGAACUAUUAAAGCUCGUCCAAGCUGAUAUGAACCAGAACCGACCAGUGAUGAUCUUCUCCAAUAAGACAACCACCUGCGACUUCGUAUCGAUGUUUCUUAACGAAAAUAACAUUGAAUGCAUCAAUAUCAAUGGACAAAUGCCUGUGGACUUGAAAAUGGGAAAAUUCGACAUGUACCGAAGUGGGAAAGUUAAUGUUUUAUCAUGUACGGACAUUGCGUCGCGAGGAUUGGAUACCAUCAGGACCCAGCACAUAAUAAACUACGAUUUUCCCCUCUACACGGCUGAUUACAUCCACCGUUGUGGUCGCACAGGCCGCAUAGGGUCCCCUGCCGACUGCAAUGUCACCAAUUUUGUCGCCUGGCCGCGAGAGAUACAACUGGUACAGAGGAUAGAGGCCGCUGUUCGCAAGCAUGAACCACUACCAUCAGUCAAUGCCAAUAUUAGAAGGAUGAUUGAGGAUAGAGUGUCGAAGAUGGUCGGAUAAAUUAUGAGUUAUAAAUAGUGUUUACAGCAAUUACCAAUAGAAAUAAAUGUCUAUUACAAAAUAA